GAGCAGUCCCAGGAAGAGCCCCGACGGCGGCGGCUGCCGGAGCUCCCCGGGAGAAGCACGAGCAGCGCCUGAAGCCCCAGGUCCCUGCGACGCUUGGGGUGCUGGUGGCUGACCGGAUCGGGACCCAGAUUGCCAGCUGGCAUUAUGGCGAGCGAAGACUUCUCCGGUGCCAAGGACCUCUUGGACCUCAGCUUCAAUUCUCUGGCCUCGAAGCACAUGGACCUCAAGCAGUUGGAACUGGACACGGCGGUGGCCAAAGUGGACGAGCUCUCCAAGCAACUGGAGUCCCUCUGGACGGAGAACCCCGCCCAGCCUCUCGGGCAGCUCAAGGCUAUGGAGAGAUUUGGCACCAGCCCGUCCCACGAGAUGCUGGGCAGGAUGAGUCCCAUCGCCCCCUCCCCGCUUCCCCUCUUCCCCCGCAAGAGCCUGGCAACGGAGACCACGGAGAGCGCCCACUACUCCUUUGGGGAAGCGGCCCCUGGAUUCGCACACAGCUCCACGUACGGCUCGUCGUCCCCCAGCCAGCUCCUCGCACCCAGGUCCCCGCUGGGCCGCCCCACCUCACCGCGGCCGUCCCUCUUCCUCCAGCCGGAGGUGGACCGGGCACUGCCGCCCCCCAGGCCUAAGGUGCUGCCUGUACCCUAUGAGACGGCGCCCAGCCCCACGGCCUCUCCCCGCUCCCUCCGGCCCAGCCUCUCCCUGGAGCGCCAGUAUGACUACAAGACCUAUGCCGGGUCGCUGGGCCGAGCCAGCUCCCCACGGAUGCCCACGGAAGGAGCUGCGACCCAGUCCUUCUUCCCGGACCGGGUGCCAUCCCCGCGGCCGCCUCUGCCACCGCCGUACGAAAGCCAUAGCCUGUACCCGUCGCCACCCAGCAACUUUGCACCUUUCCGGUCUCAAGAUGACCUUGUGAUCCGGAGGAGGGUGCAGAAAGGGUGGAACGAAUCCGACCUGGACGUGGCGUAUGAGAAGAAGGCGACCCACCCAGUUGGUUAUGAGCGAGGAGAUGCCCACAUGGGGCUCCGCCAGGGCCAAGCAGGCGUCCCGCUGGCUCCUUGGAGGGAAUCGAGUUUAGACGGGGGCAUCGGGCCAAGCAAGGAGGAGCAUUAUGGGAUGCACAGCGCCACCUUGCCCAGGAAUUACAAGGUCUCCCCGCUUGCCGGCGAGCGGCGCCCGGACGCCUCCUUCCGCCGCUCCCUCCCCAGCAACCCGACGGGGACCCUGCCCCGAAACUGGCAGCCCAUCUCCCGCAUCCCCAUGCCGCCCCCGAACCCGCAGGGCAGCCUCCCCAAGUGCCACAAGCCCCUGCCUCUCUCCAUGAUCUUCCGGCUGCAGAACGCCUUCUGGGAGUACGGGGCGGCUGGGCAGAAGUUCCCCCUUUCCCAGGGCCCCCCGGGGUCCUCGCUUUUCCUCCGCUCGCUCCACAAGCAGCUGAUGCAGCCGGUUGUGCCCCAGAGCCAGCACCACCUGCGCAUGUCAUCGCUCGGGGGCGAAGGAAACGGUGUGGCCAAAACCGCUAGCCCCCCGUCCGAGCCCGUCCGCAUUGUCCCCAUCGUCUUGACCGGGGGCGACGCGGAGGCCGAGCUGGAGAGCCUCCUUCCGGGAGGGGAGCCGGCCGAAGCGGAAGAGGUCCCCCGGCCCCUGAGCCCCACCCGCCUGCAGCCUCUGCUGCCCCCCGAGGCCCAGAAAGUGCCCGAGUUCGAGGAGGUGGCUCGGGUCCUGGCAGAGAUGCCGCGGCCCCUGAAGCGCCGCGGCUCCAUGGAGCAGUGUCCCGGCCCCGCCCUGCCCCCCACCCACAAGAACCAGUACCGCCAGAUCAUCAGCCGCCUCUUCCACCACCAACCCCGCAAGGAGGACGCCGUCUUGGCCGGAGAAGCAUCCCCGCAGACAGAGCUCUCGCCCAUCACCGAGGCCACGGAGCAGAGGCCGCCAGGGGCUGUGGCGCCCCCCAGCCCAGCAGCCCCCCUGCCACCAAUGCCGGCGCCCCCCAUUCCGCCUCCGCCAGAGAGCCCAGUGAGCUUCAGUCCUUUGCCCAGUCCGGAGAAGCGCUCGGUGCUGCGCAAGGGGGCCUCCCCACGGAAGCGGCUGAUAAAGAGGGCGCGACUCAACCCCCUGGUUCUGCUGCUGGAUGCGGCCCUGACUGGCGAGUUGGAAGUCGUGAAGGAAGCCAUGAAGGAGCUGAACGACCCGAGCCAGCCCAAUGACGAGGGCAUCACUGCCCUCCACAAUGCCAUCUGCGGUGCCAACUACAACAUCGUAGACUACCUGAUCAACAUUGGGGCCAACGUCAACUCCCCGGACAGCCAUGGAUGGACACCCUUACACUGUGCUGCCUCCUGCAACGACACGGCCAUCUGCGUAGCCCUGGUCAAGCACGGAGCGGCCAUUUUCGCCACCACUUUCAGCGACGGCAGCAUGGCCAUCGAGAAGUGCGACCCAUACCGCGAGGGCUACAGCGAAUGCUUCAGUUACCUGGCAGAUGUUGAGCAGAACAUGGGCCUGAUGAACAACGGGGUGGUCUAUGCCUUGUGGGAUUAUAGCGCCGAGUUCAGCGACGAACUUUCUUUCCGCGAGGGGGAGCCCGUCACCGUGUUGCGGCACGAGAGCCCCGAUGAAACGGACUGGUGGUGGGCGUCUCUCUACGGCCAGGAAGGCUACGUGCCCAAGAACUACUUCGGGCUCUUCCCCAGGGUGAGGCCGCAGCAGAGGAAAGCGUGACGUUUCGGAGGGAGGAACCCCGUCGCUGCCGUCCCAGGAGGGACCUGAGGAAUGUGCCCGGGCAGGAUCCUGAAGAGCAGCUACGCAGUGCGGAUGAAUCGCCUCGCCUACCCGAGGAGGCUGUCUGUCUGGCAUCCUCGGAUGCGCUAUAAUGGUGGAGGGAAGGGAGAGACAUGCAAAGAUGGGCGACUCCUUGGCUCUCUCCCUGUGUUUGUGUGUGUGUGUGUUUGGAAAAGCAUGCCUAAAAGGAGAGGGUCUGGCCUGCCUUAUUUUUUUACUAUCUGCCUUCCUCUCCUUCUGCUUCCGUUAAGGACCUGCCCGACGUUAGGAAGGGU